AUGUCAGCCAGUGAUGCCCCUCCGCUCAAACGUGCACGUCGCAGCUCGCCGCGUCCUGAGGCCGGUGCUACGUCCGCUCUUCGUACCCCCGUUAAUACGCCGGGGGGCAGCGAUUCUGGUCCUAUAACAUCCGGAUUAGCAGUGGCCGUCGACCCCGCGGCUGAUACCACGUAUUCUGGCGAGAGCGAUGUAACUACGGACAUGGUGCGGGUUAGGCGAUGGGUAGGCGGGAGGGUGACAGGUCGUCUCGUGGACAAUUUUUUAGACUUCAAGCAUCUUGCGCGGGCCACGUUCUCACUCUCUCGCCUCCCGAGUAUGCUUUCUUGGGGGCCUAAACUGAAUUGCGCAGAUUACUCCGGCGUUUUGUGCUGGUGGUCUACUCCCUUGGUCGUAUGGGCGGUCGGUUAUUUACAGAGUGUGAAGUAUUAUACGGGUCCGGACGAGCCGCUGCCGGUGACUACUGUGACACUUGAGCUUAUGCGCGAUACAGACGACAGGGCGUUGCACCAAUUUGCGGCUGUGUGGGACAUAGAGCUAUCUUCCCGUUCCACCUUUGAGGCACGCUGGACUUCUACCGGCGCCGCGGGUUUGAUGGCGUCGGGCAUCCACGAAAAGUCUUUUGACAGCGCGUACGAUGCGACUGCUUCGUACACUUCCAAGGAACGUAUGGAUCGUCUUCCCGUGUCUGAUUUUGUCGUCGGCGAUAUUGUGCUUGUCGAGUGCAAAUUGAUUCGCAACGGUGGCGUUGAGGGAUACCCUAGCGAUGCGACUGCAGUGCCGGCCUCCUGGUUCAGCUUGGAGGCCAUGUCUCGAUUGCAUUGUCGACCGCGCGCCAAAAUGUUUCAGCGCGCGGCAUGUUUGCUCGCCCCGACGGUCGCCCGCGUCAAUACGCAUGUCCGUACUGGUGUUGGGUAA